GAGAGAGAGAAAGGGAGAGAGAGGGAGAGAGAGAGGGAGGCUUUGGCUGAGGGAGGAGGAGAAAGCGCCUGGGAGCUCCACUCCGGUAAGAGACACAUGCGCGUUGGAGAUACAGAGACGGGGCUUUAAACGGCAGCCUGGCCGCGCUGGGUGCGUUUACUUCGGGGGAAAAGUCGCAGUCGUCGAAAGUCAAGCCGCCCGUUUUGGGGGAAAGUUGCCGCAGUUUGGCCGUGUUAGCCCAGCGCUCCUUCCCUGUGCUGCUCCUCUAGACGUCAAAGCAUCGCGGGGAAGCCUAAGCUCAUGGGACACUGAAGAGGUUAUUAAAUGAGUGGGAAAGCAUCUGAGGAUUUCAGACAGCUUUAUAGACCCAGUACUGGUUAAAGUGGCACAUUCCUGGGAUUCACAGCUGAGAUCAAGCAUUUUUCCAGCAUGAGCCGAGCGUUUAACAGGAAAAAAGAUAAAUCAUGGAUGCAUACGCCGGAGGCACUGGCCAAGCAUUUUAUAGCAUACAAUGCCAAGUUUCUGGGGAACACUGAGGUUGACCAGCCCAAAGGGACAGAAGUGGUAAGGGAUGCAGUUCGAAAACUGAAGUUUCAGCGACACAUCAAGAAGUCAGAGGGACAGAAGAUUCCAAAGGUGGAAUUACAGAUUUCUAUCUAUGGAGUGAAGAUAUUAGAUCCUAAGACAAAGGACGUCCAGCACAAUUGCCAGUUGCACCGGAUAUCCUUCUGUGCAGAUGAUAAAACAGACAAGAGGAUAUUCACAUUCAUCUGCAAAGACUCGGAGUCCAAUAAACAUCUCUGCUACGUGUUCGACAGUGAAAAAUGUGCAGAGGAGAUCACUUUGACCAUUGGUCAGGCGUUUGACCUGGCAUACAAAAAGUUCUUGGAGUCAGGAGGGAAAGAUGUAGAAACAAGGAAACAAAUAGGAAGCCUUCAGAAAAGAAUUCAAGAGCUCGAGACUGAAAAUUCAGAAUUGAAAAAACACCUGCAAACGCUGGAGGAGCAGCUGCUGAUUGCUCAAGUUCCACCUUUGCUUCACAUUAACUCUACUAACAAGGACUUUAUGCUGCAGAGACCUUCUUCUCUCUUCUGGUGUCACAACCUGACAUCCUUUUCCUGCCUAGAAAUCUCUUCUGUCACACUAACGCCAAUGAGUUCUCCAGACUCCAACAUGUCGGCUGGAGUUCUGACCCCUCCCCCCACCAAACCUGCUCUACCAAAGCCCCUCACUGAAGCUGGGAUCCCUCGGCCUCACGGGGGUGGCAACUCCAAGGUCCCCACAGAUAUUUUCGACAUGGUCCCAUUCUCUCCAGUGGCUCCUCUGGUGCCUCUUCCAGCCAGUAAUGCUUCACCCCCUCCACCCCCAGCCAGACCUGCAGAAAUCAGAAAAGACCUGUUCGGCGCAGAGCCCUUCGACCCGUUCACCUGCGGGGCGGCCGACUUCCCCCCUGACAUCCAGUCCCGGCUGGACGAGAUGCAGGUGACUGCAUGUCUGUGAAUUAUUAGCAAAUGGACUGCUGUAAGUGGGCAGCUGGUGGAGCAGACGGAGGGGUUCAAAAUGGGACUAACAGUGGAGGGCACGGUCUUCUCCCUCGAUCCACUCGACGGUCGCUGCUAAUGCCAAGAAGACCUUUUUGUUACAUAACUGUCAGCCCAUUUGUAUUAAAGUGCCAAACUUGGGUCUACAGUCAAGAUGUCAAUGUUGAGAUUUCUAUGUCUUUGCAUUUGAAUUUGGUUUACAAAAAAGGGUAUAUUCAAAUCAGAAUGCUAGAUCACUAUUUUUGUAAGAACUGUAACGACGUACUUUUGAGGCGUGUGCAGGCACUUGAGGAUGUAGAUAGUCCUACCAAUGGUACACCCUGUGGUGAAGGUUUCACACACAUCACCGUUAGUUUUCCUGAACUCGCCGUGUCCACAUCUAAUCUGCCUUUAUGUCGUUAUCACACCAGACAAACGUCCAUCGUAUCAUGGCAUGCAGAGUUACUUUUACUUUAGAAACGUCAAACUAAUGCAUUAACACACAUAAUACUGGAAUCGCGCCGUUCUUUUACUAGAGUAGACCACGAGAAAGAUCACGGUUUUGUUUUCUUGUUUACUGCAAUGGAUUCAUUGUAAUAUUUUCUUAACUGGACAUCAAUAUUUUUGAUGGUUUUAUAACUGCAUAGCUGGAUUAUUUGCAUAAUAAUGUGUACUUGUAUUGCAUUUUAAUUUGGUAUUAUAUAUUUUAGUAUAUUCUUGCACCAGAAAGCACUUUGGGGGGGAAAAAAAACUCUGUCCAUAUGUUAUUUACUUGGUCUUUUACUUUGUAUGCAGUAUUUUAGCCUUUGCUGUUGUAGUCAUUAAAGACAGUACUAUGCGAUCUCCUUGUUGUCUGUUACUGGCUUCGCAUGUCUUGUUGAACAUGUAAAUAAAAGGAAUGAUAGUCAUAUGCAAAAGUUUGAA